UCUCUCUUGGUGUGACCGGUGGCAGUAUCGAUCAGCAAUGCCGCACAGAAUUUUGCGCGCCGAAAUAUGCGUGCGACAGCUGUAACCUAACUACUUCGGUGGAAAGCGGAUUCUGUUCGAUACGGUGUCAGGGGCACCAGGGAAGACGGGGCCGAGUUUUGUUUGAUUUCGGGUGGAUGAGGUUGGGGUUUUGUUCGUUUUUCUCCGUCUAAGGUUCGUGCCUAGAGUUCAGCUGUAGUGUUUCAACCAAACAAAGUUUUGUUGACUUAGAGGCAAACAUUCCUAGCUAUUGGGCAUCGAGUUAAUUUGGCUUACCAUGACGGCCUUUACGAUCGACUUUUUAUGUAUGUCUGCAUUUAUCUACAAUUGUCGGAGGGCAAAACAUUUUGGACGUCGGACGUCCAAUGGGAGGCUGCGUCGGAUGCCCGUAUUAAUUAUCGGCGAAGAGACGCCUUGGACGUCUUAUUGGACGUCCGACGCGAUUUGGCACUAGACGCACGUAACCCAAACAGAUACAUGCAUGUAAUGGUACGGUCAUCAGUCGUGACUUGUGUUUCCUGCUGCUACGUCAAUGUAAUGGGCACACUGUUCGUGAUAGUUGCUGCUGUGUGUGUCGACAGAGUGACGUAGAACAAUUGAUCGGACAGUUUGCAUUGCGGGACUGUCUGCGUUGAAGAUCGUUGAGUAGCCACAUAUUAUCAGAACAGCUAAGGAACGUUCUGUGGGAAUGUUCUUCGUGGAUGGUGCAUUACCCCGAGUGUGUUUCUUGUGGAAAGUGCAUCAGUCAGAGGAUUCAUGGUACGUUGUGAAGUACGUUGGCCCCUGUCUGUUGAGUCUUUGUGUUGCGAUAUCAUUGUGUUCUGCUUUUGUGCGUUGGUCGAGCGACACGGGUGGUGGCUGCGGUGCUGCGGUGCUGUGGUGCUCCCCACCCUUGC